GAAUCUAGGCGGGGCUCUCCUUCGAACCUUGCCCGCCGCUUAAAAAGCGCGGCGCUUUCCCACCGCUGCUCCCUGGCGCAAGCCCGGCCCGAGGAAAUUGUCCAUAAAGGGGAACCCAAAGCCACGCUUCUUGCUUUCUCUCCUCUCCCCCCCGAAGUCUGUCUGCACAAAAUGUUCAGGUGCGGCCUGGCCUGCUGGAGGUGCAGAUGGCUGCUGCCCCUGCUCUUGGGCUUAGCCAUCAUCCUCGGCAUCAUUGCGUUGGCUGGCAAGGGAUGGUUGGAGUCGGCCGAAGCCCCGUACGUGCGUAAAGCCUGGUUGUGGUGGGACUGUCAGAAACGAAACCCCGAGGACAGGGCAUGGAUCUGCGAUUCUCUCAUGGAUUACAGUUGGGGCAGAGCUGCUGCUGCUACAUACCUUGUCGGUUUUAUCAUUGUCUGCAUCUGUUUCUGCUUAGCAGUCAUAGCAUUUUCCAUUGAAAUACUGCGGUUUAACUUUGUUCGAGGAAUUGGAGGCUUGCUCUUCAUUGCUGCUGCUUUCCAGAUUUUAGGCUUGGUCAUCUAUCCAGUGAAAUACACCGAAGAUAUUAUAUUGACAGGAAGCAACAUGUUCAGUUGGGCUUAUGGCUUUGGUUGGGCAAGUACAGUGAUUGUGAUAGGUUGUGCAUUCUUUUUCUGCUGUCUUCCAAACUGGGAAGAUGAAGUCCUGGGCAACAUAAAACCCUACAGGCAUGAUGCCAUAUAACCUGCUUGAUGUGGACUUAACAGAACAUAUUUUUAGGAAAUAAAGCGAUAUUGUCUCUGACAUAGGGUUAUUUGUUUGUUUCAAUAACAAAUGCAGUUUAUUUUUAGACAUCCCUAUUUACAGACCUAUUUUAUUAAAAAAAAGAUUGCAUUCUGAAUUUUGAUAACUAAUAACAAUUCCCUUCAGGAAUUAAUUGGUUUUUGUGGGGGACAGAAGCUUUGGUGAGGUGAUUUGUUCCAAGAUAGUAAUAUUUUACUGAGUAAAUACACAGUAUAACAGGAAUUUUUUUUUUUUAAUUGUUGGACAAUUAUAAGCUUUUGUUUUUUAGCCUGUAGUUAAAAAUCCUUAUUCACUAUGUAUUAAUAAAAAAAAAUGUUUGAAAGUGUAGCUAUUUAUACAUUCAGUAUGCAAUCUUCUAAGCACUGGAUUCUAUUAAAAUUUUAUUAUUUUACUGGCAUUUCUGCUACAGCCAUGCUUCAUAGCUUACUUGAUACUACAAGAAUGAACAUUAUAGUAUUUUGUAUGUGCAGGUAUCACACGUUAAUGAAUUUGCAUGACAGCCCCCCCCCCCAAUUAUUGGAUGCUUCUAGACUAGGUUAAGAAUACAGUAACUGCUCCAUUCAAAUAAUUAGUAUAGGAUAAUUAGAUAGCCAUUUUGUGUUUCUUCUGGUUCCCCCACCCUGUUAUUAAAAAAAACUCUUGGGAGAGAAAGCAUAAAUGCUUAAUGCUAUUGGUAGUACUGCCAAGACUCUAACAUCUGAAUUUACCUGCAUACUCUAAACACUAAUAUAUUGAAUAUGUCUCAUAAAUUGAAAUUAGGGAGAAACUAAAACUUUAGAAUUAUACUUUGAAUUUCCCUUUUCCCCAAUAUCUGAUAUUACAAGUUUAUUCUCAGUAUAUGGAUUUAAAGCAAAAAACCAAAAACCCAGGUAACUAUUAGAUUCCCAAACUUAUUAGACAACAAAAGAAUUGGCAUGUCGGAUAGCUGCAAUUAGAAAGUCCUCUGGUGCCAAUUUCAUCCCAUUUUAUCAUCACACCCCAUACACAUAUCUAGGAUUCAAAUGGCAUUGAAUCAAAGGAUGGAUUAGGAUAGCCCCAGUGAGUGGUUGAUUUUUCAAAAGGGUUGAAUACCAUUUAUAAGGUUCUUUUACAAGGCAGUUAAACUUUUGGAUAAGAUUCUGCAGGAUUAGUUACUCACUAGUGGAAUAAUAAUGUAGACUGAUCUUUCCAAAUUCAAGCAUAUUUACAAUGUAAUUCACAGGUAGGCAAUGUGGUCCCUAUGGGCACAGCGUACCUGAGGACAUCUCCAGUGGGGCUAGUCAGGCUUCUGCAGCACUGGACUUUAUUUUUUAAUUAAAAUAUAUGGAAUACCUGCAUGCUGCAAAACAAGUGCCAGUCCAUGACAUAUUUAUUUACAAGAAUGCCUCUGGAUCUCAUGUACAGCCCCCACAACGUUGUUCCCAAAUAAAAGCGGUACUCGGGCAUAAGCGUAGCACUUUGUCUGUCUGCCUAGGAGAAGAAAGACAGUGAUAAAUUGCAGUGGUACAAAGCAUUGGUGGAAUGAGCUAAAGGGGAAUAACACAUCACUUUGCCUUUUUAAAGGAUUUCUGUGAUUCGCUGCCUACCUGCCAACACACUGUGGCAGCCAUUGUGUAAACAGAUACACAUUUGGCAGUCAGAUUGUCCGAAUGCCUACAGCAGGGGUUGGGAACCUUUUUGUCUGAGAGAGCCAUGAACGCCACAUAUUUUAAAAUGUAAUUCUGUGAGAGCCAUACAAUAUGAUGAGGACUCACCCAACAGAGCAGGGGCAGCGGCAGCAGGAUGCAAAGUGGUGCACCCGGAUCGCAUUCGCGUGGGCCGCCGACGGGAGCUAGGCCAAAGCUGGGGCCUCAAUUUGUGCCUGCCUGUGGAGGACGAUGCGGCUCCAGGCCCGUUCGGCCGCGGAUGCUGCGGGGCAAGGUAGGGUGAGUCCCAAGGAUGCCAGAUGCGGAUGCGAUGCGGAGGAGGGUGUGGCCUGUGCUCAGCGGAUAGAAGACGUGUUCUAAUCCUUACCCCGUUAUUUUUUUUAUUAAAGAGCCAUCAAAAGAGCCUCAUCUGGCUCGCGAGCCAUAGGUUCCCGACCCCUGGCCUACAGUAUGCUUUCAAAAUGCCAACUCUGCCCGUCAGUCCUGACAUAAUUCUAUGGAUUAGCAACAGAACCCAGAGUUCAGUAAGAGUUAAUCCUAAAUAAACAUAGAGAAGAUUCCAGAGAAUUAAAUUUCAUUAAUCUCAAUAAGAAAGUUAAGCAGUCACUCAAAAUAUUAUCAUGGGUGGAAUCCAUGGUUAGAAUAUGUGAAAACUAAGAUAACUUUAACAUCAUUAAAUCCAUUAUUAACCUGACAGCCCUCUGAAUGUAUGUUACUUACAAAAUAUAUGGUAUAUAAACUUUUUUUUUUACCUUCUGGUAGAAGCUUAUUUUGUAUUUGCAGAAAUAUUGUAUAUUCCAGUGUAUAAUUUCAGAUAUGACUGUUUUGUAUGUUUACAAUUAUUGUUCUCAGAAGUAAUCCACCCACUGUUGCAUGAGUUAAUUAAUAAAAAUUGCUUAAGGUACAUAAGAAAUUCUCAUGUGAAUCCA